AUCUUGCAGAUGUAAUUAUGAUGUUGAGUAUGAGACCUGCCGAAGUUGCCACUCUUUGUAUUAUCCAUUAUGAACCCAGUGAAUCGAAUCCUCCUAAAUGGUACAAGCCUAGUUAUUCUUGGUAUUGUAUUGGAUAUAUUAAAAAUAAAGGAGAAGCAAAAAAUAAUCCCGAACCUCAGCAAUUUUUAUACAUGGAAAAGAAUCCAGAACGUGCAAAAGAAUUGCUUACCUGGAUCCAAGAUACAAUAGCAACUGGAAAGUUACGCAAUUCUGUCUAUAGUAUUAAUAGAAAAUGCAGUACAGGGGUAUUUAGUAAAAUUUUAAAAUCAUAUGGUAUUACAGCCAAAAGAUUAAGAAAAAUUGAAGGUAAACAUGCUUCUAGAGUUUAUGGUAGUCAAAAUCCAACUUUGCAACAUCUCGAAUUCCUUAGCAAAGUUGCAAUGAGGCAUAAGAUGGAUCGUCAUAAUUCUGGAAUGUAUUAUGCCGAGGGUGAUACUUCUAAUUCCGAUCUUGACGCAGAUCCAGAACCUGAACCUGAAGCCUUAGCUCCCACACCCAAGGCAAUUAAUGAGAAUACUUCUGAAAUUGAGAAUAUUUAUAACUUAUAUGGAAGUAUUUAG